UGAUGGACGCAGAAGCAGCAGAUCAGUCAAGUUUAAUCCAGUCGACCAAGAAAUGAUCGAUUAUCUGGCUGAAAAUCUCGACAUAUCUUUCAACGUUCUAGACAAUUUGGUGGACACUGACAAGAGCUUUCUACAACGCAUUUCUAUCACCAAUAUUGGAUCAACAACAAUACUUCCAGGAAAUUGGAGUAUAUUCUUUUACCAUAUUCGAGCUAUAAAUAGUCUAAAACCACUCCUUCUACCCAUUUGCGGAAUGUUGUUAGAGCAUAUUGCCGGAAGUUUGUACAAGUUAACACCGGAUAAAAGCGCAUUUGUUAAAAUAAAUCCUCAAGGUCAAGUUAAUUGUGAGUUCCAUGCUAAGUAUUGGUCAGUGGCCGUUACAGAUAACAUGCCGAACUGGUAUGUAUGGAGUCAUGGCACUCAGGCCAAGACAAUACAUUCUACAUAUGGUGAAGACCUAUCCUUUAUAGGACCGUACGAUACUAAAAAUAAGUGGAAGCGAUAUCCAAGUGAUAGAUACGAUCCUUUCCUUCCUCGCACACGUUAUGUCAUGAAUAGUGACGUAGCAAAUCUCGGCGAAGCCAGUGAGGUUGUUAAAGAAGGAACAUACGUUAUUCCAACCCCACAAUAUAUGACCACAGAUACGACAAAAUCAGUUCAGAUAAGUGCAUUAGACGGGUGGGUUGUAUUAGAAAGUUCUGAUUUUCCGAAAGAAUUAGCGUUAAUUGCAGAUUUUUAUACUAUCAACAUCAGCUUAUCAAAUCAAACGUCGAAAAUCAUUAGAUUCAUAAAGAGAGACAUCUCAAAAUUUCCAACUUCGUUAGCAAAGACUGAAGCAUACUUUCUUGAAGUGAAACCAGAACUUUAUGAAAUAAGAAUAACAGUAAAUAGUCCCAAAGGAGCCUUUUAUGCAGUGCAAACUUUGAAGAGAUUAAGUGUAAAAAUUUCGAAGAAUUCCUACAGAGUCUACAACAUCUACAUAAGUGACGCACCACGAUACGACUUUCGGGGAAUGUUUCUUGACGUAGGAAGGAAUUUCCACACAAAAGAAGAGAUUAAAGUUUUACUUGACUUUAUGUCAGUUUACAAAUUGAACAAAUUUCAAUUACAUUUAUCGGAAGAUGAAGGUUGGCGACUAGAGAUACCUGGUUUAGAAGAAUUAACUACGGUUGGAUCCAAUCGAUGUCAUGAUUUAAAGGAAAGAGUGUGCACAGCUUCACAACUUGGAUCUGGGCCAAAUAAAAACAACUCUGGAAGUGGGUUUUAUACUGUUGCUGACUAUCAAGAAAUAUUAAAAUAUGCUAAUGACAGAUACAUACAAAUCAUUCCUGAAUUUGACAUGCCUGGUCAUGCAAGAGCUGCCAUUGUUUCAAUGCAGGAAAGAAAGAGAAUUUACGAUAUGAGAAAAAAUAGUUCAAUGGCUGAUCAGUACCUUUUACAUGAUCCUGAUGACGUUUCAGAAUAUAUGUCCGUUCAAUGGUUCGUAGACAAUGCUGUCAAUCCUUGCAUUGAAAGUACCUAUACUUUCAUUGAUCACUUAAUUACAGAAGUAAAAGCUAUGCAUGACGGAAUACAAAAUUUAGAAAUUUUUAGUUUUGGAGGCGAUGAAACUGCAAAAGGUGCGUGGGAAAAGUCUCCAAAAUGUAGAGAAUUUAUAGCGAACAACAUAGGCAUAGACUCUGUCAGUGAUUUAAAAGAACAUUUUGCACGACGCGUCGGGAAUAUAGCCGGUAGAAAAGGAUUGGAUAUCUCCGCCUGGGAAGACGGGCUUAUGCAUGGUAGAACGCCCUUUGAUUUGACUCAUCUUGUUCCAAAUGGAAGGAAAGCAUACACUAGUGCAUGGGAUAAUGUUUGGGAAAAAGGAGGCGGUGAUCGUAGCUAUAGAUUAGCUGAUGCAGGCUACAAGGUUGUACUUGCUUUAGCAACCCAUUUAUAUUUCGACCAUCCUUAUGAACCUGAUCCUGCUGAGAGAGGAUAUUAUUGGGCAACAAGGUACACCGAUACUAGAAAGGCGUUUGGAUUUAUUCCAGAUAACAUAUAUGCUAAUGCUGACGUCAAAAGAAAUGGAGCGCCAUUAACGGAAUCUGAGAUUUGUGGAGGCAAUACAUGUUACGAAUUGGCAACACCAGAAAAUAUCAUGGGUAUGAUGGGACUUGUAUGGUCAGAAACUUCCCGAACUAAAGAUCAUCUUCAUGACAGAUAUUUUCCAAGGAUGCUUGCAGUUGCAGAACGUGCAUGGCAUAAAGCAAAAUGGGAAAACAUUUCGAAGAAAAAGGAUAAAAUGAUUGAACUAAAUAAAGAUUGGACAAAUUUUGCUAAUCGUCUUGGUUAUAGAGAAUUAAAACAUCUUGAUGAUAUCGGUAUUAAAUACAGAGUACCACUGCCUGGCGCAAAGAUGUCCGGAGAUACAUUGAAAACCAAUACAGCUUUUCCAGGACUUGUUGUAGAGCACAGUCAAGAUAACAGGACAUGGAAAAUAGGAAACAUUGAUGGGGUUUCAAAGACGUUUUUAAGAACUAAGUAUGCAUUUGAUUUUUUCUGUUAUCUGCUGAUGGAUCAAGAACAAGCAGAAUCGUACCAGUCUCUAAAACCACAUCUUCAGCUAUUUCAGACAAAUAUUCAAUAA